CCUACAUGUGAACCCAAUAUUCAACUUUGACUUGCUUCAUUCUCGUAUUUUUUGUGUAUCACUAAAUUAAAGAAAUGAGAGAUGCAAGAUCCUGAGGCUAAAUAAUUCAAACCUGGCUCUUUUUCAAAGAGUGAGGGGGUAAUUCAAAUUAUCAGAGGAAGAAACAUCCUAAGGAAAGCAAAAGCCAAAUGUUUUCCACAGGAGUCUUUCUUUGUGCUGUCUUGAUUUCGACUGCACUGGCUGGACCAUGGGCUAAUAUCUGUGCUGGCAGGUCUUCCAAUGAGAUCAGGACAUGUGACAGCCACGGUUGUGGCCAGUACACUGCCCAAAGAAAUCACAGGCUUCACCAGGGUGUGGAUGUCUUGUGUUCUGAUGGAUCUACUGUGUAUGCACCUUUCACCGGAAUGAUCGUGGGCCAGGAGAAGCCUUAUAAAAACAAAAAUGCCAUUAAUAAUGGUGUUCGGAUAUCUGGAAGAGGUUUCUGUAUUAAAAUGUUCUACAUUAAGCCUGUUAAAUAUAAAGGUUCUAUCAAGAAGGGAGAAAAACUGGGAACUCUACUGCCCUUGCAGAAAGUCUAUCCCGGCAUACAGUCCCACAUACACAUUGAGAACUGUGACUUGAGCGAUCCUACUAUGUACCUCUAAGUAGAAGACAAACGACCAGAUCUUUCAAGUUAAAAAUCAUCUUCUUAAAAAUCUGGAUGCAUAUCCUACUCUUCAAUAAAUUUAUGUCCAAAUAAAAACAUGAUGAAUGCAAGAAAGAAAAUAGAAUUUUUAUUCCAACUCAU